ACUCAUCUGGUGUACAAUACCAAUUAUUCAAUACAUCAUCAUUGACAAAAUGGCCUCAGCAACUUCAUUCCGUGACCUCGUUGGCAUCCCCGCCUCUACGGCUAGCCCCUCCGACAGCGUUCUCAUCAUCAUCGAUGCGCAGAAUGAGUACGCUGAGGGCCAGCUCAAAGUCACCAACGCUGCUGAGUCGCGCAAAGUCAUCGCUGGACUUUUGGAGAAAUACAGAGUUGCGAAUGGAAGCAUCGUGCACGUUGUUCAUGAUACACCAGACGGCGCGCCGGUUUUCACCCCGGGUACUAAGCUCGCUGAGGAGUUUGACGAGUUGAAGCCCAAGGACGGCGAGGCUGUUAUCCACAAGAACUUCCCCGGUUCUUUCACCAAGACGGAUCUGCAGAGUGUUUUGGAUAAGACUGGGAAGAAGAAGGUCGUUCUCACGGGUUACAUGGCCCAUGUCUGCGUCUCGACUACCGCGCGUCAAGCAGAUGAACUCGGCUACGACGUCAUCAUCCCCGAAGACGCCGUCGGCGAUCGCGACAUUCCCGGCGUCGACGCCUCACAGCUCGUCAAGGUGUCACUGAGCGAGAUUGGCGAUGCCUUCGGAACCAUCAUCAAGAGCAGCAGCAUUGCUUAGAAUUAUCUAUAUAAGCGAUAUAAACUUUUCCAAUCUAUGUCAUUAAAAUUUCAUUAUACAUGC